UGGCCAAUGAGAAGUCGGCUUCGUUUUCCUCCGGGUUUGGGACAGAGGCAGUCAUGGCGCCGCCCGUGAGGUACUGCGUCCCCGGCGAACGUCUAUGUAACUUGGAGGAGGGCAGCCCAGGCAGCGGCACUUACACCCGGCACGGCUACAUCUUUUCGUCGCUUGCUGGCUGCAUGACGAAGAGCAGCGAGAACGGCGCGCUUCCUGUCAUAUCUGUGAUGAGAGAAACAGAGUCCCAGUUACUGCCAGAUGUGGGAUCUAUUGUAACCUGUAAGGUCUCUAGCAUUAAUUCACGCUUUGCCAAAGUACACAUCCUUUAUGUGGGGUCCACACCACUUAAGAACUCUUUUCGAGGAACUAUCCGCAAGGAAGAUGUCCGAGCUACUGAAAAAGACAAGGUUGAAAUUUAUAAGAGUUUUCGCCCAGGAGACAUCGUCUUGGCCAAAGUAAUCUCCCUAGGUGAUGCACAGUCCAAUUACCUGCUGACCACUGCCGAAAAUGAGCUAGGAGUGGUGGUGGCCCACAGUGAAUCGGGUGUCCAGAUGGUUCCUAUCAGCUGGUGUGAGAUGCAGUGCCCUAAGACCCACACUAAAGAAUUCCGGAAAGUGGCCCGAGUACAGCCCGAAUUCUUGCAGACCUAAGAAGCCAUACUUUACCCCAUGGAGGGUACGUGUGUGAAAGUGACAUCAGGAUGCUGUUGACCCCAGGACUUCAGGCUCCUGGGGUCAGCCAGCAGCCACCUCUAGAAAAACCUGCCAGCAUACUCUGUAGAUGGAACAUUUUUCUUGUGAACAUUUCAAUGGAUUUCAUUCUCUUGAGUGAUAAAUUUCUCUUUUGGAGGCACCAGCAAACAAACUGUAUGAUGUUGGAAAUAGCCUGUCCUUUCUGACAGCCUUAUAUAUAUGUAUUUUUUGCUGUGACAAAGAAAACAUUUUUACGAAAAGGAUUUUAUGGUUUCUGUUAUCUUGAGUAGGGAAAGGAAUCUAAACAGUGUCAUAACAUUUAGAACAGGGUCUUGCCUGUCAUUAACUGACAUGUGUCACAUGCUUUCUUGCUCUAUACAAUGCCUAAUUGACAAUCUUUUUUGUAUUUUUUAUGUUCUGCUUUUGCUUAUUGAGUACUUACCUAGGUCAAGCACUUUAUAUAUAUUCCCUCAUUUAGACAGAUUAUAUUUUAGUGGAAAUUAAGGGAUACGUGUGAUUCAGGUAGCAUGUGACUAAUUCUGGUAAACAAAGUAUUUUUGUUUUUAAUUUAUUUUAAUAAUUACCAAAUAGUUUUAAAAAGCCAUCAGGGUUGCAGAAGGGUUGGCCCAAUAUGGUAGAUACUCCAGGAAAUGUUUGUUAAGCGUGAAUUGAAAAGAGGGACAGAGCGCAGUUAUGUAAAGUGACCAGGAAAGGGUUUGUGACAUGAGGUAAAAGGAACUAAAGAACUAAAAUAAAUGAAGUGAAGAUACUCAAAGCAGAGAGAGAAGCUUGAGCAAAGUGCAGAAUCAGGAAUGAAUACAUAAGUUUGAGGAUAAGGAAAGAAUGAGGGUUUAGCAUGGAGAGGCUGCAGAGAGAGUGAAAGGAAAGAUGAAUGAUGAGAAAUCGCUUCUUGAGAUGUUAUCAUGGAACCCGUAUCUUCUAUGUGUAGUGAGAAUGGUGGAGGUAAGCUGUUUGUAUCCUCCAGUUGCCAGCCUUGAGCCAGGUUAUAGGUUGUUUUGUUUUUUGAAUUGAAAAUAUUAUUGGCAUAGUUGUAAGUCCACAUGCAGUUUUAAGAAAUAAUACAGAGGGGGAGGGUAUAAGCUUAGUGGUAGAGUACAUGCCUAGCAUGGACAGAGGCCUGGAUUCAAUCUCCAGUACCUCUAUUAAAAUAAACAAACAAACAGACCUAAUUACCUCCCCCCAUUAAAAAGAAAAACAUAAAAAACAAAGCAAACAAAAAGAAAUUAUACAGAGAGAUCCUCUGUGCACUUUUCCCAGUUUCUCACAAUAGUGACAUUUUGCAAAAUUAUAAUAUGCAAAAUUAUUAUAAUAUAAUAAUCAGAAUGUUGACACUCAUACUUCAGCAUCAUUUCUUUAGGUCUGUUUCCUCAUCUGGAAUAGUAUGAUCUCAUAGGAUUAUUGUGAGAAGGAAAUACAUACAAGUGUUCAGUACAUGCCAAUGCUAUUGUUAUAUGUUACUAUUAUAUAUCUGAUUGCCUUCACCAGGAUUUAUGAUAGAUACUUCGAUGUAGUUGGUAUAAUCAGUCUCCUAUUGUUAGAUAUUUUAAAACUUUAUAGAUUCUUCUUUUUACAAACAGUGCUGCAGAAAACACCCCUGUACCAUGUAUCUUUGUGCGUGCCUAUGAUUCUUUUGCAAGGGAUUCCUAGCAGUGGAGGGCUGAGUCAAAGAAUAUGCACGUUUAAAAUUUUGGUUAGAUUCUCCCUUAUUGCCUUGCAGGAAGAUGCUACCAAUUUCCUCUCAACAGCAAUGUUAACCAUUUUACUUAUAUUAUCUCUGAACUUCACAGUGACCCUGGAAAGUGACAGUUAUGUCCACAUUUUACAGAGAAGUAAACUAAAGCUUAGAAAAAUUAACCUGCGCUAAGGCACACAGACAUCAGGAGGCAAAGCAGUAUUCAAACCCAGGUCUGUUUUACUCUAAAGCCCAGGUUCUUUCUUUUGUACGGUGGUGCCUCCUUUUUCCAAGUAUUGAAUAGAACCCUGGGCAUGCAGUGGGAGGCUCUCCAAAUUGACAUUGGUUCAUUAAUUUUCAGUGCUUGUUGGACAUCAUUCAUUCAUUCAGUAAAUGUAUUUGAGC